CGCACUUGCCUUCUAAUUUGCCACAUGCAAAACGAUUCCUCUGCUUUGCAAGUUGCUUUUUAAGAAGGGAGAGAGAGAGGAAAAACCCAGCUCGCACACGAGCGAUUUGUGCGUCUUAAACUGGAAGGAAAUUGUGCGUGGAGAGGGGGGGCUCUUCUUCCUCUCUCUGCCCCAACCCACCGCGCUCCAGCCCGGCGCUUCGGCUUGGGGAAGAUCCAUGGUGGCAUCCCCAUGUCAUUCUGCUCAAAGUGACUUCAUAUGAUGUCAGCUUUAAAUGUUCGAGACCGCGAUCUGACGCUCAGGAAGAUGUUUGCUAUCAAAAUGUGACUGUGGCCACGCUGCGCUGCUUGGAUGAGUCUCGCCGGCGCUGGGCAAAGAGCCGAGCGCGGGAGCGAGUCGCUGCUCACACCAAGUUCCCGCACGGCGGAGCGACAUGGCGAGCCCGGGGUCGCUGGAGACGGUCAUGCCUUCCUCCUGCCCCCGGCACGACGGCAGAGCCGCCACCGCUAACCCCUCCAAGACCCUGGCCUUCUCCAUCGAGCGGAUCAUGGCGAAGACGUCGGAGCCCAAGCCGGCCUUCGAGGAGCGGCACGGCGGGCCCGGGCCGGGGCCGGAGCCGGGCAAGAAGCCGCUGAGCCUGUGCUCGCCCCUGCCCUGCGUGAUCCCCAUCCCGCCGCUGGGCUACGAGCUGCCCUCCAAGACUCUCAACUACUCGGAGCUGUGGAAGAGCAGCCUGCGGGGCGGUGCGGGGCUCUGCAAAGCCAACUGCGGCGUGUGCUGCAAGGCAGAGCUCGCCCUGGGCCAGCCCAGCGGCCGGCUCAUCAAGCCGCAGGUCAUCCACCAGGCAGGCGCCGUUCCGGCUCCGGCCGCCCCCCGCUCCCUCUACUACUUCAACUACCUGGACGCCGCGUACCACCCGGCCGACCUCCUGCACGGACAGCUCUUCCCGGCCGGCCUGCUGGGCGCCCCGCCGCCGGGGGGGCUCUCGGCCCACCAGAAGCUUUUCCUCCUGGAGAAUGCCAAGCUGGCGGGGCUGGUGUUCAACGCGCACUACAACCUCACCCGCCACAUGCCGGUGCACACGGGGGCCCGGCCUUUCGUCUGCAAGGUCUGCGGGAAGGGCUUCCGCCAGGCCAGCACCCUGUGCCGGCACAAAAUCAUCCACACCCAGGAGAAACCCCACAAGUGCAACCAGUGCGGAAAGGCGUUCAACAGGAGCUCCACGCUCAACACCCACAUCCGCAUCCACGCCGGCUACAAGCCCUUCGUCUGCGAGUUCUGCGGCAAGGGCUUCCACCAGAAAGGCAACUACAAGAACCACAAGCUGACCCACAGCGGAGAGAAGCAGUACAAGUGCACCAUUUGCAACAAAGCCUUCCACCAGAUUUAUAACUUGACUUUCCACAUGCACACCCACAAUGACAAGAAGCCCUUUACGUGUGUCACUUGCGGGAAAGGAUUUUGCAGAAACUUUGAUUUAAAGAAGCACGUCCGAAAGUUGCACGACAGCGUCUCCAGCGCUCCUCCGCCGCGGGACCCUGGGCGCAGCGGGCAGAGCUAAGGGCCCGGCGCGCCGCCACACUCGGACCUGCUCCACCAGGCCAGCACUAUUUAUCCAAACCAGCCUUCGCUUCUCUGUCCUUUUCCCAGCGAGCUCAGCCGCCGGUAGCAAGCGACCCCGAGCCGCAGUUGUAUAUAAGAGGAAUCUUAUUUAAUGGCGCGUUGCGCCGCCGGAGCGGGCCAGGACGGGCCGGGCUGGCCGCCCCCCGCCCGGCGCCAGGACAGCGCUCUUUAUACGUGUCUGUAAAUCUCCAUUUUAAAUGUACGCUCGAAUAAGUGAGGAAUAUAUCUAUAUCUAUAUCUAUCAUGGGACAAUAAACCGGCCCUUCGCAGGUGUCUCAUUUCCCAGCUGGGCCCCGGCCCGAGAAGGGAGCGGGCUGCGCGGCGCUGUCCCCGUGUGAGCGCGGCUUGCGGGA